UUUCAUUUGAUAAUGUACACCGAAGACAAGGAAGAUUAGGACUAAUCACAAUUUUUCAUUUACGAAAUUUGAGAUAAUAGAUAAAAAGUAAUAGUUUCAUUUUAAUGUUAGAAGGAAACAGCAGAUUACUACCUUGAUAAUGCUACCAGAAAUAAAAUUCAGUAUACUUGUGACUAUUUGUAUCAUUGUUACAAGUAGCGUCAGUGUUGCAAUUCCGUACUGGAUUACUGCAGACAAUACACUCUAUGGUGAAACAAUCCAUAUAUAUACAGGACUAUGGAAAUCAUGCGGUGACAUACAAGGCGAAAUACGAUGUAUAUCGUUUACAAAUGUUGAAGACUUUGUGGAUGCCACUCGUGCUUUGAUGAUAACUGGUAUCAUCUUAUUCGGAAUAAAUCUAUUAUUGGCAUUCAGAAUCGCUGGAGAGGAUACAAGGAUCACCUCAGCAAACAUCUGUAUACUUUCACUUGUUGUAGGAGGAAUUCUUCUUUUUGUGGCCAUGAUCGUUUUCGGUACAAAUAUUGAUGAUCCCACUGGCACGAUAUCGUAUGGCUCCGCAUUUUACUUGCCGAUCCCGUCAGCAAUAUUUGCAUUUAUCGCUGCAGGCUUUGUUCACAGGUCAAAGCGGAUACAGCGGAUUCAGGGAUACAGCGAAAUAAACACGUAAACUAAAAAAAAUGUGCAAGUAUUAGUUUAAGCUAACGAAAAUGACAUUUCACGUAUGUCGGUAUAUCAGUAAAGUUUUGAUUAACCGGAUCGGAAAUUGGUAUAUUGUUGUCACUAUAAUAGAUAUAGUGAAAAUCAUUAUAGAUUUUGACACAAAAUAAAUAUUGAAGAAAUGCGA